GUAAACUGUGUUGUGGUUCGUGCAGCGGUGGGAGUGAUUUAGUGAUCAGUGAAAAUAUGUAGGACUCUCUCAGACUUCGACCAGAGCAGGAACACGGCCAGACAAACAGAUACACAGAUACACGCAACGGGGCCUGGAGCUGAGCUGUGGACGCAGAAAAUGACCGUCUCCUGCGGAGAGGGAUUUUAUAGUCGCUCUGUUUUGCGCGUGGUUGUUUAUUAGCUCGCUCUGCACCGGAGGCAGUUUCUCAGUAUUCUUGGAUUUAUCCCACAAAAUGGACCGAGUGAAGAGCUCCAUCCAGCAGGUCCCCAACCCCAUCCCCAAAGUCCUGAGUCGCCGCGCUGGAGGGGCCAACAGUUUAGAACUUGAAAAGGAAAACUUUGAGCGGAGCCAGGCGGUGAGCAUUAACAAGGCCAUCAACACACAGGAGGUCGCUGUCAAAGAGAAACACGCCAGGACCUGCAUCCUGGGCACCCACCAUGAGAAGGGGGCUCACACCUUCUGGGCGGCUGUCAACCGCCUACCGCUCUCCAGCAAUGCUGUGCUCUGCUGGAAAUUCUGCCAUGUCUUCCAUAAAUUGCUGAGGGAUGGCCAUCCAAAUGUUAUUAAAGACUCUGUACGAAAUAAAGCUGACCUGACCGACAUGAGCAGGAUGUGGGGCCACCUGAGUGAAGGAUAUGGGAAGCUGUGUAGCAUCUACCUCAAACUGCUCAUCACCAAAAUGGAGUUUCACAUCAAAAAUCCUCGUUUCCCCGGCAACCUUCAGAUGUCUAACAGACAGCUUGAAGAGGCAGGCGAGAACGACGUAAAUAAUUUCUUCCAGCUGACUGUGGAGAUGUUUGACUACUUGGAGUGUGAGCUGAACCUCUUCCUUGGUGUGUUCAGCUCGUUGGACAUGUCCAGGUCAGUGUCUGUGACGGCCGCCGGUCAGUGUCGUCUGGCCCCUUUGAUCCAGGUCAUCUUGGACAGCAGUCAUCUGUACGACUACACAGUUAAACUGCUUUUCAAACUGCAUUCCUGUCUUCCAGCAGACACACUGCAGGGACAUCGAGACCGCUUCCAGGAGCAGUUUAAAAAGCUGAAAAGUUUAUUCUACCGUUCCAGUAACCUGCAGUAUUUUAAAAGACUAAUUCAGAUCCCACAGCUUCCAGAGAACCCCCCAAACUUCCUGCGGGCGUCGGCUCUGUCGGAGCACAUCAGUCCUGUGGUGGUGAUUCCAGCAGAGGCAUCAUCCCCCGAGAGCGAGCAUGUGGUGGAGACAGAUGACCUCGUAGAUACAGACAUCCCACCCCUGGCGACUGCGGUGGAGAGCAGGUUUGAUGAUCUCUUCGGCACCUCGGCUGCAACAGACCCCUUCAACUUCAACAGUCAGAACGGCAUGCGCAAGGACGACAAAGACCGGCUAAUAGAGCAGCUGACCGCAGAGCUCCAAGCCCUGAAAGAAGAGUUGGAAUCUUUCAGACUGGAGAGUGGCCGUCUAUGUCAGGCACUGCGGGGGCGUGUCAGCGAGCUGGAGGCGGAGCUAGCUGAGCAGACUCACCUGAAGCAGCAGGCUCUUGGCGAAUGCGAGUUUUUGAAGGCGGAACUGGACGACUUGCGCAGAGUCAAGGAGGACACAGAAAAGGAGCAGCGCAGUUUAACAGAGAUAGAAAAAAAGGCCCAGGCUAAUGAGCAGCGCUACACUAAGCUAAAGGAGAAGUACACUGAGCUGGUCCAGAGCCAUGCUGACCUGCUGAGGAAGAAUGCAGAAGUGACUCGGCAGAUGACUGUGGUUCGUGCAGCUCAGGAUGAGGUGGAGACAGUGAAGAGGGAGAUGCUGGAGAAAGUGAAGGCAGCACAGGAGAACGCCAGCCAGCAGGAAAAAAUCCAAACAGAGCAGCUCCAAGCCCUGCAGGCUGACUUAACGGCCAGCAGGACAGAACUAGAGACCCUGAAAGCCAGCAUGGCCUCCUCCCAAAAGUCAGGUGAGGAGCUCAGUACUCAGGUAGCUGCUCUGGAGAUGGAGAAGGCAGGGCUUGUGGAGAGGGUAGCUCAGAAGGAUACUGAGCUGGCAGGUCUGGGGGAGGAGCUGGAGCGCCUGCAGAGCAGCUUAACCAGUGAGAGGGAGAGCGGCGUGAAGGCUGCAGAAACUCUGCAGAACCAGCUGAAUGAGAAGGAGAGCAGAGAACAGGCUUUGGAGAGCGAACUAGAGGCCUUGAGAUGGACGACACUGCGAGCGGCUGUAGAGGAGGGCGAGAAGAUUGUCCAGGACUGUCUGGCUCAACUUGAGGAUCCUACACACAUCAGCUGCACCAGCUCAGCCGAUUACCUUAUUUCCAGAUGCCAGGCUGCUGUAGAGAGUGUGGACAGACUACAAUCAGCCGGGGAUGGCUUUGUGUCCAACAACACAGAUGUGUCGGAGCUGGUGCGGGCCGUGGCUCAGUUUGCCCACCUGGUGGGUGAUACCAUUGUACAGGGUAGCGCCACUGCCCACAUGGUGCCAGUGGAUCAGGCUGAUGCACUGACCUCUAGUGUAAAGGCGUGUGGUUCUGAGGCUCUGGUUCUGCUGGGUGGGCUGAAGGAUCAGGGUUCUCUGGGGACGGUGGAGAGCAGUGGUCUGAAGACGGCGCUGGAGGGAGUUCUGGCCACUGCAGAGAAGCUGCGUCCUCGAGGUUUGGAGCUGCAGCAGGGAGAGCUGGGAGAUCUGGUGGAGCAGGAGAUGGCGGCCACCUCGGCAGCUGUGGAGUCUGCUGCCGCCAGGAUAGAGGAAAUGCUGAACAAGUCUCGAGCAGUGGAUACUGGCAUUAAAAUGGAAGUGAACGAAAGGAUUCUGGCCUCCUGCACAGAGCUCAUGCAGGCCAUUAAAGUGCUGGUGCUCUCGUCCAAAGACCUUCAAAAAGACAUUGUGGAGGGUGGCAGGGGAGCAGCAACUAUAAAAGAGUUCUACGCCAAGAAUUCCCGCUGGACUGAAGGUCUCAUCUCGGCCUCAAAGGCUGUAGGCUGGGGGGCCACAAUGAUGGUUGAUGCAGCUGAUCUGGUGGUGCAGGGCAAGGGCAAGUUUGAAGAGCUGAUGGUUUGUUCACAUGAAAUCGCUGCCAGCACAGCCCAGCUUGUAGCUGCGUCCAAGGUAAAGGCAGACAAGGACAGUGGGAACCUCGCUCGCCUGCAGCAGGCCUCUAGAGGAGUCACUCAAGCGACUGCAGGAGUUGUAGCUUCAACCAAGUCUGGGAAAUCUCAGAUCGAAGAGACCGACACCAUGGAUUUCUCCAGCAUGACCCUUACGCAGAUUAAGAGGCAGGAGAUGGACUCUCAGGUGAGGGUGCUGGAGCUGGAGACGUGGCUGCAGAAGGAGAGGGAGCGUCUGGGUGAGCUGAGGAAGAAGCAUUAUGAACUGGCUGGUGCGGCUGAAGGCUGGGGAGAGGAGGGAGAGGGAACUGGCUGAGGUGUGUCUCCGUGUGCAGCAGCCUGGCCUGUGCUCAUUCCUGCUCUCCAGCAGUUCUUCAUCCUUCACUCAUCCUUCUCUUCCAAUGCCCUCGCCCAGCCCCACACCUUUCCCAAUGCCCUCAUCCAACGCCUUGCCCUCGUCCCUCUCUAUUCCGAUCCCUCAGCUCUCUCUAAUCUUUAACCCUAAAAUGAAAAGCCAAACAAUACGGUGCUUUUUUGUAACCCUCUUCUCUUUUUCUGCUGUGGAGUGAGGAGAUUCCAGGAGGAUUCCUGAAGGUGGUGAAGACAGAGUCACUUUAGGGGGCAGCAGUUACAGCCUAUAAAGAAGCCUAUGAAGUGAAUCGUUAGCUUUGUGCGCACCCCAGUGGACAGAGGGAGAACUGCAGAGAGGCUCACUGACCUGGAUGUUUCUUUUUCUUCCUUUCUAUUCAUACAUACGUUCGUACGUACGUACCGGCCUCUCCACAAUUUAGCACAAUUCUGAGACAACCCAUCCCAGGAUGCGUCGCUCAAGGCCACGCCUCCACACCCAUGGGAGUUGAUACUGAUACUGACACUGUGCCGUGACUUUCCGGACCCUCGAGCAGCAGCAGCAGCAAUGUGUGACAUUUUUAUUUCCUCUUCUGUUUCUCACACCUCCUCUUGCAGAACUCAUUCCUCAGUAUGUGGACAACUCUAGGUCAAGAGCUCUACUACUACUUCUACAGAUCCUCAGACUCCACCACCACCACCACAGCUCCUGGACUGAACCGAGCUUUCUCCAGACUGUUACCCCAGACUCAUCAUCUCCCUCGCCCCAGCAGUGGCCUUCUCUGGACUCUGGACUAAUAAAAAUAAUAAUAAUAUUAGAGAGAGAGUUCUAUUGGCCUGCAAGAAGAUGCCCAACUGUGGACUUACAUUUCAUUAAAAACAUGAAAAACACAAACACACACAUUUGCGCUCUUCUCAAACUGAACUAAACUAAACCGAACUAAACUCGCUAAGCUCUCACUCUCGUCACUCGUCGCUUAACUUUCCGUGGAUAUUGCGUAAUUUGUCCGGUUUGUGCGUUUCUCUGUCUCUUGUCUCUCUUUUUUUUUCUCCCCCUCCUCCUUAUUUUUAUCAGUAGUUUUUAAAAAUGUGUCCUAAGGAGUAGCUUUGUUUUAAAUAUCAGUAACAAACAUACACAAAGCAACAAAAAAAAACCUGAUUACUUGUAAACCAUGGGCUUUAAACUGUUUAAUAACUGUUAAUAUAUGCAGGUCAUGUAACAACAUGCAGAUCUAGCUAUGGGAAAGAGACGAUAUUGAUGAAAUAUUUGAAAGAUUUGUUAGGGGAAUUACAACAGUUUCCUUUGAUUUAUGCGUACACACAUACGAUACACGAUAAACAAUCUGUCGGUGUUUUGUUCAUACGUUUUUUUCUCCGAUUUCAAGUCCAUGACUGAAAAGCGUCUUGACUGUUUUUGGUUUUUGUAGUCGCCUUUUUUUUCCAAAAAAAAAAGGAGACAUUUCUGAUACGCUAAUAGAAGAUAUUAAUAAGAGUACCUACAGCAUCAACAACCAACACACCAACACCAAGCUCUGCUCUGCUAGAAAACACUCUCCUUGGAUAUAUGGAUUUAUUAUUGUUAUAAUUUAUUUUUAAGUUUAGAUGAAGUGUUGUUGGUGUGGCUGCAGGAGGCUGUGGGUUUGGACUGGGUUUUUUUAGGGAGAGUGUUUUCCCCAGACCAACGUUGGCAGCCUGAGUUCACACUCUUUGUAAAAGUGCUGUUAAAUUUCCACCGGUGUGUCUGUUGACUCUUUUUCGACUCUACUGUUUUCCGCUUCCGAUUCCACGUCCACGCAGUCAUCAGCACACGGGUGUGGAGAGAUAUCCGUGCCUUCCAAAGGGUUUAGGGUCAGAGUUCACAUUCCCUCACAGUAAACCUUUAAUGCUUGAGGAGUAGCAGCAGCAGCUUUGAUUUUUUUUUCAGCUUCUGUUUUUGUUUGUUUUUAAUUCUCUCUCUCAUUUUGUUUUUUAAGCUCUGCAGUCUGUUUUUUAGGUUCAUCCGAUUGAGAAUUCCCUACGGAUGGGAAGAGGGGGGAGGGUGAAGUGUCUGUGGUGGAUUAUUCAGAUAUAUAUACAAAUUAUGAUGCUUCUAUGAUUUUAGAGCUUCCAAGACAACAUGUUCUCCAACUAGAUAGAGAAUCAUGUCCAGACUGAGAAAAAGAGAGAGAGGGAGAGAGAGACUGAGAGGGGCUUGUGCAGAGAAGUGCUAGCCCCCCCCCCCUGCUAAAGCAAUCUAGACCAGAUAGCCUUGUAGACCGCCACUGUCUUGACGUCUAGUCAGCACAGCCCAUCAUCGGGCCCUGAAACACAUAUAAGCUUGACCCAGGCACAGGAAGUCGCAGUCUUUACUUAACUACAGAACCAUGGUUACCUCAGUUCCUCCACAAAGCAAAGCAAGCUAAUAAAGCAUUCAGACAGAUGCACAGACGUCAUUGGAAACUGUGGUACAGGUGACACUGGUGGUACUCAAAGCAUCUCAAUCUCAAGCUGGUACACUAACUAGAUGACCUCAGAAAAACAUUCAGCUUACAUUAAAAUAUUCAGGACUGAAAUGUAUAAAGUUUCCUGUACCUGUAAUUUUUUUCUAACGUUAGUGUUUAGUGUUUUACCUGUUAGAACCUGUAUAUAAGCUACACUUUAGUCCUUCACUCUCAGAGCUACAGUUUAUUAUAAUUAUUAACAUCAGUUUCAUUGGUUCUACAGUAAAACCCUGUGGAACUCCACAAGAUCUGCUCUAUCAACCAACAGUCACCAACAGUUCACUACAGUUUCUGCACUACAGUUAAUAGAUAAAUAAGGUAGUAAACACUGUAGUUCACUGAUUGGCUCUCUUGAAGUUUAUUUUCCUCUGUUUAAAUCCUAAAUCUGAGUUUCUUAGUAUUUUAAAAUACUGUAUUAACAAGAAACAAUAAUCAAUCAAACUACUAACCAUAGUACUAACUUACAGACUGCAAAAGAGCGGGAAAACUCCACACAACAGAAGAGUAAAUGUAAAACAUUUAAAGACAGUAAAAGAUAAGACUGCAUGUGCAUAUAUAUGUGUGGAUUACAGGUCUAGUUUACUGUGUAUAAAUUAAAUUAUUGCGUGUGUGUGGUAGCUACAUGUGUUACUUGGUAGAAGUUGAGUAGAGAGUAUUAGUUUGGUCUUUGGUGGAACAUUUGAGAACCCUCUGCUCUAGAAGAUUCAUUAGUCCUCAAGUGGUUCUCAAACUUCUUAGACCAUGGACCACCAUUGAUCAAAUGUAAUUUGAAGUACGUACCACCUACUGUAGUCAAGUAAUGUGUGUGCUUUGCUCACUUUUGCAAUUUGAAGAUUAUGGAUUAUUGUGAUUAUUGUACCUACUGUUGAGUUUUGAGACAGAGGGAAUUAUUAAUUAAUUAAUUAUUAGGCUAAUGUAUUAAUCCUAAUGCAGAAACUAUUGGGAAUUGUGAAUUUUGAGUUUCACUUGGUUCUUUGGUUGUAGGGCCUGUAACGUUAUAAGAGUAAAGAACUGUGAAGAAGUGUGGGUCUACACACUGAACACAAACAAAUCUAAAGUGAUAAUAAAAAAAAUAACAGAUCAAAACAGUAUAGGUAAUCUGGCUUACCACCCUGAGAUGUUUUGGGUUUCACCAGUGCUCCACGUUCCACAGUUUGAGAACCACUGCAUUUAUUCGAAGUUUACUGAUGAUCAGAGCAGACGGACAGGUAGUAGUUAGAUGAGAGGUAGAUGAGCAGUGCCGUUAGAUGAUGCCAUUAACAUGAGGUGGGUACCAUGAGUUUUUGUGUGUGUGUGUGUGUGUGUGUGUGUGUGUGAAGUGUGUAUUUUGUGUGUGAGAGAGUAAGUUUGAGUGUGUGUGUGUGAGGAGAGAAAGAGAGCAUCCUUUUUUCUACUUGUACUAAUAUUCUCUUGUCUGAGGGCGUUUUUACACCUGUAGUUGGUUUCUCUGGUGUGGAUGAAUUUGUUUACUUGGAGCUUUUUCCCCUCGGUUUGGUUUGUUUUCACACAGGCAUCUAAAACCUAAAUGCACCAAAAUGUGCACUAAUAAACCAUGUGAGCUUGUGGUCUCCUCUGAUUGGUCGGAACUGUCUGGUGCGGUAGCAAAAAGUAAAUAAGGUCCUGUGUUUUAGAGCAGUGUUUAUAUUUGCUGCUUUAACACUGAACCUGGAAAAGUCACUGCUGCGCUUUUAAACCUAGUGUUUUUUAUAAGAUAUGCUGCAUAUUAAACAGAGUUGUGUGGCUGCGAGCAGUGAACGCUGCACACACGGCGUAUAGUGUGUAAACGGUUUAGCAUGGAGCAGCAGCAGAGACAGCGUUUGGUCAUAGAUGUGGUAGUUAAGUAUCUGACUAAUACAUCAGAUUAAACUGCACCUGAACAGCCGCUUAGCUACAGUUAAAAUGGUUUAUUUGACAGGAUCAAGACCAGAUCGCAUUCUUACCACAAAAAGAACUGCUCCAAGUUUGUUUAGCGGGUCUCAAUACUCAAUACUCAAUACACCGAACCAGAGUGUGACUACUGAUUUGACACCUGCUAAAAACAAAAUGCACCAAGAGUACAAACCAACCAGAGUGAAAACGCCCUUAAAUAGCUGACUGUGUUUGAGGUUUUGAUUUGAGAAGGCCCGAUAUGUGUUCUUGUGUCUUAACACCUUCUUUGCCCUCCUGCUCUUUUUCUCUUGUUGCACUGCUUUGGCCGUUCCGUAAAGUUGUGACACUGGGUAUUUAAUUUAAUUGGUGUGCCGUCACCUCCCUGUUUUUCUUUUUCUCUAAGUUGUAUUAUUUUAAAUAUCUCCGCUCCCCGCUUCAGUUCAUGUCUGUAGUCUUAUACCAGCCUUCCAACUGCCUCUCACUUUAGCCAGUCAGAAAGAGAUACGAAUACUCUAACGUUUUGGAAAAUAUCUUUGUAUGAUGUAAUAAAAACUAUAUGUGGGGUUUGUUUCUUUUGUUUCUUUCUUUUUUUUUCAAUAAAUAUUUCAACACAUUACUAUUA